AUGGAGGGGCUCGGGGCCGUCGCAAGCGCCAUCGCCGUCGUCGAGUUGACCGCCAAGGUCGGCUCUCUCUGUCUCGAGUACUCGUCCGCUGUUAAGAGCGCCAGGUCCGACAUCAAGCGCCUGCGAAAACAUACCGAUACCUUAAAGACAACCGCUGAAGGCGUACGAGAGCUCCUCCAGGGUCCAUAUGGAGCUCGGCUCGAGACGUCGCAAAAGCUGCGCGAAGCCCUUAGCAAUACCUGCUCGCAGCUUGGUGAUGUCGCUACGAAGCUGGAAGAGAAGUUGCACAAGGGUCAUAGGGCAAAAACGAUGAGACGUGUAGGGCUGCGAGCCUUCGGGUGGCCGUUCGAGAGCAAGGACGUGGACAAGAUCAUUGCGAACCUUCAGCGGGACCAAGACUCCUUUUCCGCCGCUCUUCAAAUAGAUCAAAUCACCGAAAUUCUCGAUAUCCACUCUAAGAUCGACCUAGCAGCGCUCCCGGUCGCAAGCGGCGCGGCCUCCGACUCGCACGCCGAGGAGCACAACGCACGUUGCCACCCCGACACCCGGACCAAGCUCCUUCGCCAGAUCCGGGAGUGGGCAAGCGAUCCUCAAGCCGAGAACAUAUUCUGGCUGAACGGCAUGGCAGGAACAGGAAAAUCCACCAUCUCCCGGACCGUGGCCACCUCGUUCGCGAAAGACGGCCUACUCGGCGCGAGCUUUUUCUUCAAACGGGGAGAGGGCAACCGUGGCAACGCUGGCUUGGUUUUCCCUACCAUUGCUCGCCAGCUUGUACACAAAAUUCCUGCCCUGGUGCCUUCUAUCAGAGAGGCCAUUGAUGCCGACCCGGACAUUCCCAAGAGAGCACUAAGGGACCAGUUCGAAAAGCUCAUCCUCCAUCCGCUUGGCUGCAUUCAGCGCACCACGGCAAUCGUGGUCAUCAUUGACGCUCUUGACGAAUGUGAUGGAGACAAGGACGUCAAGACUAUCAUCUCACUGUUCGCACAAGCAAGCGUCAUACGCUCCGUACGUUUGAGGAUUUUCAUCACCAGUCGGCCUGAGCUGCCUAUUCGCCUUGGUUUUAAGGACGUCCAGGGAAAAUACCAAGGCUUAGCUCUGCACCAAAUCCCAGAGCAAGUUGUGGAACAGGACAUAUCCACAUUUUUGGCGUAUGAGCUCACGCGAAUCAAGGAUGAAUACAACGGACAAGUGCCACUAGGUUGGCCGGGCGAAAAUGACAUUCGAACUCUCGCUCAGAUGGCUGUCCCACUGUUCAUUUUUGCCGCAACCGUCUGUCGUUUUGUGGACGAUCAGGGAAGGUCGAACCCUGCCAAACGACUAAAAGAAAGACAACUUUUAGAUGUCGAAUGCGAAAACGUCCACGCAUUGCUCAACUCUCUCCACUCUGUCCUUGAUAUCCCCUCAGUGGACGAUGCCCCAGUCAGGCUCUUUCACCUAUCCUUCCGCGACUUCCUGGUUGACCCGGCCAAGCGUACCAAGAAUGAGUUUUGGAUCGACGAGGCAGAAUAUCACAAGACGCUUACGGAAAGAUGCAUCCAACUGAUGGACCAAUGCCUGGGACAAGAUAUCUGCUGUUUAAAGGUGCCGGGAAUGCUGCGGUCAGAGCUCGACCAGCAGACUAUCAACGCCCACCUGCCGCCUGAAGUUCAAUACGCCUGUCAGUACUGGGUCCACCACCUAAAGGAAAGCAAACAUAAUAUCGAGGACGACGGCCCAGCCCACGCCUUCCUGACAAACCAUCUCCUUCAUUGGCUUGAGGUUUUGUCUCUCCUGGGAAGGCUCUCUGAUGGGGUGUUGUUGAUAAGAACGCUUCUGCACGCUGCCCAGCUACAGCCGGAUACAGCUCCUAAUUUUGUUGACUUCUUGAGCGAUGCAGAGAAAUUUAUUCGCAGUCAUGGAGCGAUAAGAGCUGGUGCCGAUGGACAGAAGCUUUCUGUUCCGACCCCCUUCACCAUCAAGGGUCAAGAUGUUCAGCCGAAAGACCACGUCAAGAUCCUUGGAGUGGUCAUGGAUGCCAAGCUCAGGUACAAGGAGCAUAUCGCAAGAGCGGCCUCCAAAGGGCUCAGCGCGGCGAUGGAGCUGAAACGGCUCAGUGGUCUGUCCCCGGCUACGGCGCGGCAGCUGUUCACCGCCAUGGUCGCGCCAGUGGUGGACUACGCCUCCAGCGUCUGGAUGCACCAAUGCAAUUGGGAAGACCGCGCCGGCCAUACACAGGGUGCAGAGGGUCGCGGCGCGAGGGAUCAUAGGAACGGAUCGGAGGAGUCGUCCGCCUCCCCGCUGCCCGAUGCGAGAGGGCUCAAGGAACAAAGCCUUCAGUGUGACUCUGGGCUCCCAGGUCGGAGCAAAGCCCGUUCUCAGGCGGAACUUGCGGCUGUUGGGUACGCGUUGAGGUGGAUUCGAAAUAUCAGGUACCGGAAGAUCAUCCUUGCCACCAGCAACAAAGGCAGCCGUGAUGGCCUUGGAGCGACCACACCAGCAAUCAGGGCAACAAUAUCUCUGUCAGGCGUACGAUGCGAUAAGUGCCUUACGCAAGGCGGGAAAUACGAUCUCGCUCGUCUGGAUCCAAGCGGGUACCAAAAACGAGCUCCUGAACACAGCCAAAGCGAAAUCAAAGGAAGCAACGCGGCAGGACGCUACGCCACAAACCCAGGAUCCUGCCAUGCGGUCAACAGCCCUCCGUAUCGCAUGGGCAAAGCGGGCACCGCCCACGUCCUUACCUGA